AUGUUCCAACAUAGCCCGCUGGAUCACAACAAAUCAUCUAUCCGCUUAAUCGAGAUUCUGCCCUCCUUGUCGCGGGAAGGACAUAUCCAAUGUACCAUAUCACAUCACACAAUCGAAGCCUCCUACGACUGCCUCUCGUACAGAUGGGGUGAUCCACUUCCGGAAGCGAAAAUUCUUGUCAAUGGCCAGCCCUUCAGUGUUCGAUGGAAUCUAUUUGACUUCCUCGAUGUGGAGCGUCUCAAACGCGAGGAAUCGUCUUUGAGAAUGAUGCACUUUUCGGCAGACAAAUUUAAUUAUCCAAAGUCUUCUGUAAGAUCGUCGGAUUUACCAAAACCAACGACACAGACCCGAUUGCUGUGGAUCGAUGCCCUUUGCAUUGAUCAGAAGAACAAUUUGGAGCGUGAUCACCAGGUUGCUCAAAUGGGAAAAAUCUUCUCACAAGCAAACACGGUUUACGUCUGGUUGGGCACAAUGCCCAUAUUGAGCCAACUAUCCAUUAUUCAUUCCGGACAGUUGUCUUCGAUUUUGAAAUUCUCCAGGCGCCGCCAUCUGCCAUUUGAUGACCCAAUUCAAUUUUGGAACUGUAUGUUUCUUCUUGAUUACUCUUUGUUCUCAAACGAACAUGUAGCACACGACUUCAAGAACGAGUUUUUUCUUAAUGAGUACUGGAGUCGUGCUUGGAUUACCCAAGAAUUAUACUUGGCACAGUCAGCUAUUCUAGUGCUUAAGCAUCAGAAGAAUAUUGACCUCCGAGACGUCUAUCGGAUGCUAUAUCGGGUGAUCGCGUUUGCACCCUACCCUCAUCCCCUCAGCUUAUUCAACUUCCUUGGAAACGUCUUCUCAAAUCGAGAUGCCUCUAGGAGCCUUGGGGAUGACUUUGCGCAACUCCUGCACACGUUUCGAGCCACGAAGUGCUCUGUACCUCGGGAUCGAAUAUUCUCAAUCUUGCCCCUGUACCGCUGGAGCAAAUUCAUCCGAGUCGACUAUGAAAAAGCAGACGACGAAUUGGCGGUAGACGUUCUGAACUGUCGGAAAGAGCCCACACAGCUGUGCCGUGUUGCAGUCAUGGCACGAAGCCUCCUGCCUCAAUCUAGUCCUCUCGGCACCGGAUUCUUAGACCUGGACAUAUUGAUUAGCGACUUUCAUUGGGGUCCACUCCAGAUCUCGCAUAUACCCAUGAGCAAAGCAAGACCAUGCCAUGAGCAGGGUUCAAAACCACCACCUUGUUACUCCCGUCCGCUCGAAAGUGUUGACUACCAUUACUAUGACACCCCUCUAUCUACGAAAGGCAUACGAGAUCACGAAUGCAAGAUCUGGGUCCUAGCACGCAAGCUCUUUCUAACCAGUGUAACUCUCGUUGGAAUACCGGCAAACCGCGCUUGGGACGAACUGUCUGUAGAAGGAACUGCCACGGAAGUACCCUUGGGCUUCGCACGACAUCGCUCAAAAGACCACCCGAAAGCACUACCAGUUCUUGGCAACCGCAAGAAGUGGCGAAUGUACGGCAAAGGCAUCAGCUUCAGACCAAUUGAGGAAGGAAACAGUGGUUGGGCUAUGCGAAUAUCGCUCUGUCUGGUUUGGGACAUGGUGAAGUCGUGGAACCGGCUGGAGUCAUGGGGCGAAAUUGAGCCUUGUGCUUAUGCUUGCGGAGCUGCACGAGUGGGCUACGAAGUGCCUGAUGGGUGA